CACACCAGAAUCGUUUUAUUUUAUAAGAUUUGAUACAACAUUGACAACUAUUGAAUUUUUCAGACGUAACAUCUUACUUCGCCGCGUGUUAAAAACCUUUCCAUAAUAUUUCAAUCGCCCUCUGCCAAGACCUCCCCCAAAACCACCUUCAGCUUUUCAUGCACACUCACUCACCUGCAUAUUCACAUGCCUCGCAACAAACACGCCUCCUCCCCUCUCUUCCUGCAUCUCCUCCCUACUCCCCCCUGCACUCUUAUAGCUAAACACGUUUUGAACAGCCACCUUGAUAUAAGCCUCACCCACGGCAAAUCACAUUACGCCAGCACUUGCAGCAAACAACGAAUAAAUAGUCGGUACCGUCCCUCAGUAUAAAGCCGAGCUCGUGCAUUAAACCAAGCCUUCCUUCCAACAUCUGGCCGCCCGCACGGUCGCCUUAGAGCUGCCGCAAGGCCGAAAGCCUGCAUAUUAGCG